CGUUCCGGGAUCCAGCUUGUCGGAGAGCUUUGCGGUGCGGGCGAGGGCUCUGGGCCCGUUUGUGGGGUCUAGGGGUCGCCUGAGUCUCCCGCUGCAGCCAUGGCGGCCUCCACCGCGGCCGGGAAGCAGAGGAUCCCCAAAGUGGCCAAGGUGAAAAACAAAGCCCCAGCUGAGGUGCAGAUAACUGCGGAGCAACUGCUAAGAGAAGCUAAGGAAAGAGAACUUGAGCUUCUUCCACCUCCCCCUCAACAGAAGAUCACAGAUGAAGAAGAGUUAAAUGAUUACAAACUAAGGAAGAGGAAGACUUUUGAAGAUAACAUAAGAAAAAACAGGACCGUGAUUAGUAACUGGAUAAAAUAUGCACAAUGGGAAGAGAGUCUAAAGGAGAUUCAAAGGGCUCGAUCCAUAUACGAACGUGCUUUGGAUGUGGACUAUCGAAAUAUUACACUCUGGCUGAAAUAUGCAGAAAUGGAAAUGAAGAACCGCCAGGUCAACCAUGCCCGAAAUAUCUGGGACCGGGCCAUAACGACUCUGCCUCGCGUCAACCAGUUCUGGUACAAGUACACGUACAUGGAGGAGAUGCUGGGGAACAUGGCGGGUGCCCGGCAGGUGUUCGAGCGCUGGAUGGAGUGGCAGCCAGAGGAGCAGGCCUGGCACUCCUACAUCAACUUCGAGCUGAGAUACAAAGAGGUGGAUCGGGCCCGCACCAUUUAUGAGCGCUUUGUUCUUGUGCACCCUGAUGUGAAGAACUGGAUCAAGUAUGCCCGCUUUGAAGAAAAGCAUGGUUACUUUGCCCAUGCGCGGAAGGUGUAUGAGAGAGCUGUCGAAUUCUUUGGGGAUGAACAUAUGGAUGAACACCUUUAUGUUGCCUUUGCCAAAUUUGAGGAAAAUCAGAAAGAAUUUGAGAGGGUACGAGUGAUCUAUAAGUACGCCCUGGAUCGAAUUUCAAAGCAGGAAGCCCAGGAGCUCUUUAAAAAUUACACCGUCUUUGAGAAGAAGUUUGGUGACAGGCGGGGCAUUGAAGACAUCAUCGUGAGCAAACGGAGGUUCCAGUACGAGGAGGAGGUGAAGGCUAACCCGCACAACUACGACGCAUGGUUCGAUUACUUGCGCUUGGUGGAAAGCGACGCAGAGGCAGAGACGGUGCGGGAAGUCUACGAGCGAGCCAUUGCCAACGUGCCGCCCGUGCAGGAGAAGAGGCACUGGAAGCGCUACAUCUACCUGUGGAUCAACUACGCCCUCUACGAGGAGCUGGAGGCGAAGGAUCCCGAGAGGACAAGACAAGUUUACCAAGCCUCUUUGGAACUCAUUCCUCAUAAAAAGUUCACAUUUGCCAAAAUGUGGUUACUGUAUGCACAGUUUGAAAUAAGACAGAAAAAUUUACCAUUUGCCAGAAGAGCUUUGGGAACUUCCAUAGGCAAGUGUCCAAAGAACAAGUUAUUUAAAGGUUACAUAGAACUGGAGCUACAGCUUCGAGAAUUUGACAGAUGCCGGAAGCUUUAUGAAAAGUUCCUGGAAUUUGGGCCUGAAAAUUGUACCUCUUGGAUUAAAUUUGCAGAAUUAGAGACAAUCCUUGGCGAUAUCGAGAGAGCCCGGGCCAUCUACGAGUUAGCCAUCAGUCAGCCACGUUUGGACAUGCCGGAGGUGCUUUGGAAAUCAUAUAUUGAUUUUGAAAUUGAGCAGGAAGAAACUGAAAGAACACGAAAUCUUUACCGACGAUUGCUUCAACGGACACAACAUGUCAAGGUAUGGAUCAGUUUUGCACAGUUUGAGUUGUCCUCAGGGAAGGAAGGAAGUUUGGCUAAAUGCAGACAAAUUUAUGAAGAGGCUAACAAAACCAUGCGAAACUGUGAAGAAAAGGAAGAGAGACUUAUGCUGCUGGAAUCUUGGCGAAGCUUUGAAGAUGAAUUUGGAACAGUAUCAGAUAAGGAGAGAGUAGACAAACUCAUGCCAGAGAAAGUCAAGAAGAGAAGAAAGGUCCAAGCUGAUGAUGGGUCGGAUGCAGGCUGGGAAGAAUACUACGAUUACAUCUUUCCGGAAGAUGCUGCCAACCAGCCCAACCUCAAGCUCCUGGCCAUGGCCAAACUGUGGAAGAAACAGCAGCAGGAGAAGGAGCCUGGCGAGCAAGACCCAGAUGCGGACGUUGCCGAGCAGGAAUCCGGGCCUUCCUCUUCCUGUUGAGAGACGUUUUAUUAUUUUUGUAGAUUUAUAGUUUGGAACUCUUGCAACUCCUGUAAGUUUUUGGAUAUUUCACCAGUGGUGAAUUGAUGGGAAUCUUUGGCAGCUACUUUUGAAUUAUUUUUAAAAGGUUCUUGGGUUAGUUAGGGGUGGGUUGCAAGUAAACGAAUUUUUUUAACUGUU